AUUCCUACGGAAAUCAAGUACAGGCAGCUGCACACAAAGAUUCAAAGUGCAAUGAUUUGUGAACUUGAAAAGGGAUAUGUAAAUUUAAGAUCACCUGAAAUAAGUGUUUCCAGUAUAUGGAUCAAAAGUGACACGCUAGUGGAGUUUGAACCAAUCGAGAGGAAUUGUUCAAUUCACAAUUCGACUGGGGAAUGCCAAAAUGCGACAACAUCAAAUAUGAGAUGUAUUUGGUGUGAAAGAGCUAAUAUGUGCAUUAAUAGCAAUGAUAAGGAUACUCAUGAAUUGAAAGUAGACCAUUGCCUCAUUAAA